AUGUCCUCAACAAUCGAAUCCGGCUUUCACCUCGCAGACAGCAAAGGCUACAUGCUAGGCCGAGGACACGCCGCCGCCUGCCGCCUUAAUCUCCAAUUCUACCUCUGGAAAGAAUCCCUCCAUUUCAACAUCCAUCCCUCCAUCCCAAUCCCCCCAAUCCCAGCAAUCGCAGACAUAGGCACCGGAACCGCCAUCUGGUUACUAGACGUAGCCCACGGCCUCCCAACCGCCAUCCUAGACGGCUACGACAUCGACCUAUCCAACACUCCACCGACCCAAUGGCUCCCCAAAACCCUCACCCUACACAACUGGAACCUCUUCGGCCCAGUCCCAGACCACCUAAUAGGCAAAUACGACAUCGUCCAUCUCCGUCUCCUCAUCCUUGUCGUGCAAAACAGCGAUCCAGUCCCUAUCAUCCGGAACGUAUCCCGCCUGCUGAAACCAGGCGGAUAUAUCCAGUGGGAUGAUCUCAAUUACCCCGAUACUCAUAUUGUGAAGACAGACCCGGGUCGGGAAACGCCGGCUUUUGACCGGCUGCGCCAAUUCGUGUACUCUAAUGGCCGCCAUGAUUGGGUGUUGGAUUUGCCUACACUGAUGGAGCAGAAUGGGUUUGAGGGGGCGCGGCUGGAUCAUUUUCGGGAUCGGGUCGAUCUUGUUACUGCGAAUGGGGAGCAGCAUUUGGCUACUAUGGAGGAGUUUGUUUUGUCCUUAGAGAAGAAGGGGAUGGUGGAGGAUGCGGGUAACAUUAGGUGUUUGCUGAGGGAUGUUAUUGUAGAGGCUGUGCAGGGUGUUGCCUUGUCAAUGCCGCGGGCUGUGGUUGUUGCGCGGAAGGUAUAG